AUGGAUGGCAAAUUUGCUGAGAAACAGAAAACAGUAAACGACUUUGAUGUCACAAAUAUAUCACAUGAGAAUGCCAUUAAUCUGCUCCGGUCUGCUCCUGCCAAAUUAACCAUCAUGGUAGGACGUGCUGCUCAGAAUCUACUUCCAGUACUACCCCUGGAAAAGAUCCCUGACAUCAUCCUAAAGAAAGGUCCAAAUGGUCAGUUAGGUUUGAAGUUAACGGGAGGAAUAGGCAGUAAAUGGCAAGGCAUUUACGUUCUGGAGGUUGUGCCAAAUUCCCCCGCCAGUUUGGAAGGAAGUCUGCAGCCGAGGGACAAGAUACUGUACAUCUGCGAUAUGUGUACCAUGGGCAUGACCUUGGAUGAUGCUGUGCGAGCUUGUGACACAGAGAAUGGCAUCAUAAAAAUCAAGGCUCUGAGGGAUGGUAAACCAGUGAUGACUGAAGCGCAAAAAACUGGCUUCGCUGACCGUAAGCUGACGUCCAAAGAGAGACAAAGCCAGCUUGAACGAGAGAAGCUGUGGACUCUGGACGGCAAACAAUCUGCAGAUUAUGCGCAGUCUCAUACUAACUCCACUCUGCCUGCAGAAUCUGAGAACUCUAUAAUCCACAUUGAAUUGGAAAAACCAGCAUGUGGCGGUUUGGGCUUUGCACUGGUGGGUGGUGACAACGGAACUAGUGCCCUUGUGAAGGCGAUUAGCCCAGGCAGUGUGGCAGAUCUGGAUGGGAGACUGAAAGUGCGAGACAGUCUAUUGCAGGUGAAUGGAGAAGAUCUAUUUGCUCUGUCUCACAGUGAGACGGUUGAAAUUUUGCGCCGGGUACAAGGUGUAGUGAGGCUGACUGUCAGCAGAAAGUUGCCUCUGGACAUGGUGGAAAAUCAACCCGAAAUGAAAUCUUUCCUCAGACCACAAUCAAUGCCUGCUGUCAAUUGCAGCCAGAAUCACCCAGGAGGGACAUGCGAAGACCAAGGAAGAGAUGAAAUGGAGAAAUAUGAUUCCGAUGGCUGGCACAGUGAUGAAGAUGUGCCUCGAUCCUCGUGCAGAGUACCUGCCCCCCCUACAGGCAAGCCCAUGGUGUCAGAGGUCGAGUUGAUCGGUUGGCCUGUGGUGAAGGCUCCAUUGGGCAGUAGGUACUCUGGAACGAACCUAGAGACUCUCAUUGGAAACCUUCAUCUGCAGCUGGAACACCAGCAACCUCUUAAGGAGUUUAUGGCAUUGGAGCACCUGAAACCAAUCGAUGACUGUAAAGUGGGAAAAGCUCCAGAAAACAGGGAAAAAAACAGAUAUAGAGACAUCCUGCCUUAUGAUAAAACCCGGGUUCAAAUUCAGGGCCAGGGCUAUAUCAACGCAAGUUACAUUAGGAUGCCGAUUGGGUCCGAGGAGUAUGUAUACAUUGCCUGCCAGGGACCAUUACUGGGCACCACUGACGACUUUUGGCAAAUGAUCUGGGAAACGAAAGCUGGCGUCAUUGCGAUGAUGACCCGGGAGCAUGAGCGGGGAAAGGUCAAGUGUCACAGAUACUGGCCUGAUAAAAUGUAUAAACCAAUGAGAGUGAACAAGUACCACCUCAUACUGGAAAAUCACCAGAUCCUGGAUUCCUUUGAAAUAAACGCCAUGAAGAUGACAGACAGUGAGACAGGCGAAGUACAUUACGUGAAACAUCUCAAAUAUGCUACAUGGCCUGAUCAUGGCACACCAAACUCGUCAGAGCAUCUUGUGCGGUUCAUUCUCUGUAUGAGGGAGGUGCCCAAUCUGGGACCGAUUGUCGUCCAUUGCAGUGCUGGGAUCGGGAGAAGUGGCGUCCUAAUCUGCACUGAUGUACUGUUGAGCCUGAUUAAUAAAGAACUCAGCUUUGACAUCAUGGACAUAGUGAGAAACAUGAGAAGACAACGCCACGGCAUGAUUCAGACGAAGGAUCAGUAUGUAUUCUGCUACAACAUUGUGUUGGAAAUUCUCGAGGGCAUUCAACAGCUGAACCAACAACAAGAGGAGAACCUGUUGUGACAAAGUAGCCCAUGGCAGCUGGGGGUCAGAGUUCACAGGCCAUGGGCCUGGGAAUGUUGUGAGCUAAACAUUGAAGUGACUACUCCUAUGUGUUAAUUGGAUUCAGGAAAACAAUGCCAUGCCAGCAGUAACCAAUAAGUAAUGAACUGUGAUUUCACAAUUGUGCUAUGAAAGCUGUUUGACUUGUAUCGCUUUUACAAAUAAGGAGAAUUUAUUUAGGUAGUUUUCUAGUUGAACUGAGGUCAGUCAAAUGCCACAUAUGUGUUCAACAAGACUGAACACAGCUGCUGUAUUCUUUGCACUAAGGAUUCAUAACUAUAAGUGAGAAAGACUCUCCCCAGUCUUUCUGCAGGUUAUUUAGAAGGAAAGCUAUGCCCUUUAGUUAUGCUUACUGUAUUAGAGUUCAAUCAUACCACAGCACAACCAGGUAGGACUCUGAUCAGCAGAUGUUGUUCAUUUGAAAUCAUAGAAAGAGCCAUUUCCAGUAUGACUGAGCCAUCCCAAAAGCAUGACCACAUGUCUGUCAAAAAUGAUGUUUCAAAAAAAAAGUUAUUUAUGUGGAUAAUUGUUUUACAAACUUCAUAAAGCUUAACAGUUGGAUGUAAAUGCAAUGGGACUUGUAUAUUUCUGGACUAAUCCCAUAUUAUACACUGUAAAGCUUUCUUCCAAUAUUUUGUUUUGAUUGAAUUGUUUGUAACUAACUAUGAUAUUACAUCAGUUUGAUUGUUUUUGUCAGGUAUAUUUUAUAAUGGCAGUUCUUGCCCAAUUAAAGAUUUUGUAUAUUUGCACGGAUGGUUCCAAAUGUCAACAGCCGUCUUACUGCGGCACAUGUUAGACUUUAGUGGAUGGAUAUUUGUUGAAUUCAACAAAAUGAGUUUAAGCUUUUCUGUCAUUAUGUUAGGUCAGAGCAUGAUUUGAAGCAUAAAAAUGUAAUCAAGUUAAGCAGGUGAAAAUUCCAAUCAGAACAUGACCAGAUUAAGAUCACUGAUUAAUCAACACUUCCUUUCAGGCACACAAAAUUGGACAAGAUCAGUCCAUGCUACACUGUUGUAACUAAAUAAAAACUUAUUCACCACCCACCACAGCCUUAUCACCAACAAAUCUCCUGGAAGAGACAAAAUACAGAGAGAAAAAAAAAUCUAUGGCCAAUGAGGGAAUACUCUGUGAAAAUUCCUCUCCAACACACUUGAGCAGUAAAAGCCAGUCCAGGAAAGCAUGUGCUAUUGGCUGUCUACAAGACACUUAUUUUCUAUAUCAUGCAAUCUUUGCACCAGUAAAGAUGUGAUUUAGAUCCUCUUCUGACAGUCAUUAACUACCAACCAGCAAUGCAAUCCAGAAGCUCACUGCUCUAUGGGGAAAGAAGAGCCACAAGAGUGAAUCCAUUUGUACCUUGUCUUACCACAGCAUCAUUCUUAGGUGAAGGAGGGAAGAGUGGACCAUGUUUAUUUGCCCCUAUAUGAAGCUUGCUGACCUAUCAUGACCCUUCCAUAUCUAGUCAAAUCAAGUUGCCAUAGUCUUACCAGACCAUGAGGGCUGCUCUCCCAUGAGAGAGGUACGCCUGGUAGUGAUUUAACCUGAGGGCCACCAUACCUCAGGUGACGGGAAAGGUUGAGAAGGAGAAUCCUUCAUAUUAAUUUCAGCAGGUGAUGGGAGCUGAAAUCACAUUGUUGGCUUCACACUGCUCUGCAAACCAACCGUCCAGCCAACCGAACCAAACCGAUCCCCCACCUUUCAUAACAACAUAAGAAAUAGGAGCAAGAGUAGGCCAUCUGACCCAGUGAGCCUGCUCCACCACUCAACAAGAUCAUGGCUGACCUUUCUGUUAGAGAAUUUCUUCUAAUAAGCCAACAACUGGACUGCAGCUGUCAGGUUUCAAGGUAAAGAGAGCUUUUUAUUUGUGAUAUCACGGAGAGUCGAAGCUAACAAAGGUUAGAUACUGAAGACUCUGCAGCAAUGCAGAGUUACAGGAUAUUUAUAGAGAGAGACAAACAAGUCAACGCGACAGAUAACAGUGAUCUCAUAGUCCAAAGCUUAACGUUCUCUAGAAAUCUCAUCAUCUUUCUGAGUUGCAGGCUUUAUUCUUCUGUUAAUGUUUAGCUAACAUGCACUUAUUUUACUGACUAGGGCAAAAAUGUGAUUAGGUUUUACUAAGAUAACAGUUACUAAGAACUAGGGGUGUUUGAACACUUUGACUUGACAUUUCCUUUUAAUGUUCUAUCUGUCACAUAGUCUUUUUGCCUUUUCGAUACUGACUUUUCUUGAACCUUCUAUAAUAUGCUAACUUUUUCCACACUUGCCAUGGACUCAGCUCCAAUUACCCACCCACUCACCCCAUAACCCUUAAUUUCUUUACUGUUCAAAAAUCAAUCUUUGCCUUAGAAACAUUUAACAUGUUAGCCUCAACUGUUUCACUGGGCAGGGAAUUCCACAGAUUCACAACCCUUUGGGUGAAGAAGUUCCUCCUCAACUAAAUCUGCUUCCCCUUGUUUUGAGGCAA